AUAUGGGAGUUUUGUGACUCUGCUAGCCACAAUGAGGAUGCCCCAACACCCCACAACCUACUGUGUGAAGCCAAAAGCGUCUGGCAUGUCAUCAGCAAACACUCGGACUUCUCCAGGCAGCUACCUGAACAUGCAACACAAGAAACCACAGCAGACACCACCCACUACACCCCACAGACCAUAAGCCAGCACAGUAGCCAUCACCCCCAACACACUGAUCAGCUCCAAGUGAUAGAAACUAAGGAGUUUCAAAAAUUUUCUUCUGAAAUGGAUAACUUGACCAGUUCAGAAGCUCCAAUUGUAGUCCAUAGUAUUAAAGGAAUGAAACCAGAGCAAAGGUUCACAAGCUCUGAAUCAUUUUCCAAUGCCCAAAGUUGGGUUUUAGGUGAGGUUAGGCCACGACUGACAGAUUUAAGUAAGAUAGCAGUAAGCAGGAGCAGCUCCGAAGUGAUUGCACCAAGUGAACCAUCAAGCACCCAGUACCCAGAAGGUGGAAGUGUCAGUAGCAGGAGAGGAAGAAGAGAUAAUAUUCAUGAUAUAUGGAGUGCUGUGGUGCCCCUGCAUCCUAGCCUUAUCACUGCCCACAUUGCAACAUCCACCCUACCCCCGCAUCAGUUUAAGUCCACCCCUCUACAUCUCCCUGUGCCUACGCAGUUUCGUCAUGACACACCUCUCCAUCUUCGCUAUGAGGAAAACUUGAUGGCCACUGAGAACUUAGCAGACAGCCAUGACAUCAGUUACACUACUGAAAACCUAAGGGUUGUGCCAGUCCUUGGUGAUGAGGAAGGAAUGAGAGAUGAGGAUGUUGAUACCACUAGCAUUCCAAACUGGAGUCGGCCACCAGCCCAGGCGGCCAGGACCACUCCUGUGUGGACACCACCUUCCCUGGCCCUGCUGCUGUUGGCUCCUUCUCCAAGUGCUGUAGUGCUGGCUCUCGAUUUGUCUGACCAUGCCGUUGCAAAG